AUGGCUGAUCGCCCCUUCAAGACGGGCGUCACCCACGUCGACGCUGUCGAGACUGCCGAGAAGCUCGGCACAACGGUCGAUGAAGUGGUUGCCACCCGCAUCACGGAGGAGGAUGUGAUGAAACAGUCGGCUACCGAUCUCAUCUUCCGAAGCCGGGCUGGACUGCGCCUCUGCGGCAUCAUGUUCGUCAUGGGCUGCAACCAGGCCGGAUACGGAAUCGACUGGGCCGUCAUCAGCGGCAUCAACUCGUUCGAUCGCUGGCACGCCUACUACAGUUUUGACAACGCGGGCGUCAUCAUUGGAACCAUCAACGCGCUCAUGACGGUUGGCACUUUCGUCGGCGCUCCGUUCCUAGCGCUUGGUGAUACAUUCGGCCGCAGGGGCGUCAACUUUCUUGGAAACUUCCUGGUCAUCAUCGCCGCGCUGUUGCAAGGCCUGGCGCCAAAUCUCCCAUGCUUCUUCAUCGGCCGUCUAGUCCUCGGGUUCGGAACUGCGCUGUGCACGGCACCGCAGUACAUGGCUGAGAUUGCCCCGGUGCAUCUGAGAGGUAGAUUAGUCGGCAUCUUUGGGGCGUGCUUCCAGCUCGGCAGUAUCGUCAUGAACGCCGCCAUGAUGGGCUUUACAAAGUGGGACAGCGACUGGCAGUGGCGAUUGCCUUUGAUCCUUGAAGCCCUCUUCCCCUUCAUUGUCUGCUCUACCAUCUAUUUCCUGUGUCCUGAAUCCCCUCGAUACCUCGUCAUGAAGGGCAAACAGGCCGAGGCCCGAAGCGUGAUUGCCAAGUACAUGACGACACAUAAUGAUAUCAACGCGCCCAUCGUCGGCCUUAUUAUGACCCAGAUUGAAGAGUCUCUGGAGGAGUCCAACACUGGAGUUCGCGCCGCCUGGGACUACCGUGUCUUCUUCACGAAAGAAGUCCGCUACCGAACCAUUGUCCUGGCCAUCUACUCUGUAUUUCAGCAAUGGAAUGGCGGCGGGAUUAUUGGCAACUAUCUUGCUCCGGCCCUGGACACCAUCGGUAUCACGACUCCUCUGGACCAGCUUGGCAUCAACCUGGGCCUUACGUCCGUGUACUUCGUCUUCACCGCCUUCGGAAGUUACCUGAUCGAUAUAUUCAGGAGAAGAACGCUCAUCUUUGCGGGCUUGAUCUCCAUCAUCAUCUUCCAGACCGCCGUCACAAUCACCUCCUGGCAGUACACAGAGACGUCGUCACGCGCCACCGCCAUCCUGACCGUGCUCUGGAUCUUCGGCUUCCAAGUGUGCAGCGCCAGUUUCAUCGCCACCAUGCACAACCUUUACCCGGUCGAGAUCCUGUCGCUGCCACUGCGCGCCAAGGGCAUGGGACUGUACGCCAUGUUCCAGGGCGCGGCGGGCGUCGUCAACACGUACGCCAUCAGCCUCGGCAUCCAGCAGCUCGGGUAUAAGAUCUGGGCCGUCUACAUCGGCUACAACCUGGUGCAGCUGGUGGCCAGCUACUUCAUCUUCCCUGAGACGAGCAAGCUGAGUCUCGAGGAGAUUGACACUAUCUUCGAGACCAAGAGUACGGACCCGGUGAAGCUGAGCUUGAAGAUCAGCAAGGCCAAGCAGGAGAGGGCCCGGGCUGAUCGGGAUGAGACUCAGGCAUGA